AAUAUUUUUAUAUAUAAUAAACUUAUCUAUGGGUUUAUGACCGUGGUUCGUGCAUUUACCAUAUCACAAUUAUUUUAUCACGAUCACAGAAUCACCACAGUGGUAUCACACACAGACAUAAAAUUAUUAAACAUUUGGUACAAUAAAUUUAAAAUUAGUUACGUAUUCAAAAAAAAAAAAAUGUUUGAAAAUAACUUAAAUUUCAAAUGAACACAAAAUGGAAACUUACCACAAAUCUAUCGUUACUCUAAUAUUUUAUUCAACUGUUUUGACGAAAUAUUCUGUGGAAAAUGUUGAAAUUAAAGGUGUAUCGAUAGAAAGUAAGUACUUAUACUAUGUAGUCAUAAAAUAGUUAAACAUACCUAUAUUAAGUAGGUGCAUAAAAAUAAGAGGACUUGUUAGUACUUGGCUAUUUUAUUUUUUUUUAAAACUAUUAUGUAUUAUUAUACAGACUUUUAUAAUCUAUAUAUAUAUAUAUUAUUAUAUACAAGAAAACCUAUAUACCCACAUAAAAAAAUCUAUAUAAAAUGUGUUUAUUUAGAAAUAGUAAAUAUUUGAGGUAUUAAAAUACAAAUAUAUUAGUAAAAUGAAAUGAAUAUCCCAGCGUCCGUCACAUUUCUACCUAUGUAUGUGUCCCCACAUUUUGAACAUAAUAACUAAAUAGGUAUAAAAAUUGUUUGAAGGUAUAUAAUUAUAGUUAUUAUUAUUUGUUUUAUAUAAAUUUUAAUUAAAUACAAUAAUCAUUAUAUUUUGAAUUUAAAAAAUAGACCAUACUCAUAAUGUCUGUACCUAAAUCUAUUAUAGUAGUGCAUACUUUUGGUUUGAUCUUAAUCUUUUAUAUCUACUUUCAUAUUGACCACUCUGGACACAGAUAAUUUAACUAUGCUUUUGUAUAUUCUAAUGCAAGAUUUAUAUAAUUUAUCAGCCCCCUUUACAGAGCAUAUAUCCAUUACUAUGCGUGUUUUUUAUUAAUAUUUACUAAUUCUUUUUUUUUUUUUUUUAUUAUAAUAUUGUAGAUGCAAAACUAUAUGCAACAGGAAAAGAUUUCUCUUGUUUGGAUGGAUCCAUUAUUAUUCCUAAUUCAUAUAUUAAUGAUGAUUAUUGUGAUUGCCCUGAUGCAAGUGAUGAGCCGGGUACUUCAGCAUGUCCAAAUGGCACAUUUUAUUGUAAAAAUAAAGGACACUUACCUCUCAUCUUACCAUCAUCUCGUGUCAAUGAUGGAAUUUGCGGUACUAAAUUUAUUUAUACAUUAAUGAAUACAGACUAGAAUCUCAAAUAGGUAACUGAAAUUUAAAAAUAUUUCAAGUGGUCUUUUUUUUUCUUAUAAAACUACAAAUUAAAAGUACCUAUUAUUAUACACAUAUAUUUGUUUGUUUCACUAACUAAACAUGUAUUAUUUACUAUUCAUUUACUUAUUAAUAUACUAAUUUAUAAUUAUUUUUAUGUAGAUUGUUGUGAUGGAUCUGAUGAAUGGGCUAAUAAAGUACGAAAUGGUGCAUGUGAAAACACAUGUAAAGAACUUGGCCAUACAGCUAAAAUAGAACUAAAUAGAGUAGACAAUUUAUAUGCACGUGGAUUUGAAAUAAGAGCUAAAAUGAUUCCUCAAGGGAAACAUCUUCUAUUAAAAAAGCAGGUAAGUUAUUUUUAAAACCCUUGUUUUUUCAAAUUUUGGGAACUGUUUUCAUUUUAUUAUAUUUAUUGGUACUCUAAACUAGGAAUAUAUUUUUAAAAAACUAAGUCUAUAUUGAAUCCUAAUGAUUCAUGUAUUAGAGAUAAAUAUAUAAAAAAUUUGUUUUCAAACAUUCUUAUUGGUUAUAGUCUAGUUAUACACAGCUAUUAUUUUUAUGUUCAAGAUGUAAUAUUACAAAUAACAGAAAAAGUGUAUAAAAGUUGUCUAUCACUUUUGGCCAAAAUUAUAAGCUGAGGGAUAAUAUAAAUUUAAAAACCACAAAUCAUUGAAAAUAAAAACCAAUUUAAUUUUGUUGUUCAGAAUGCAAUUAUACAACUUUUGCCGAAAAAGAAAGAUGCUCAAUUCAUCAGAAGUAAUACAUUUAAUGACCUAAAAAUUGCAGAAGAAAAUGAAAAAAAAGCAAUAGAACAAGAAAAAUUAUUACAAAAAAAUGAAGCAUUAAAAAUAUUCAACAAAAUUGAUACCAACAAAAACCGAAAGUAAAAUUUAUAUAUUAAGUUCAGAAAUAUGUUAUUUUUAAAUAAUAUUAAUAAUUUAUUUAGAAUUGAAGUGUCAGAAGUAAUUGUUUGCAAAAAUUUUGACCAAAACAAAGAUGGCUUAAUUUCACAAGAUGAAAUCAAUGUAAGUGAAUUAAAAUAAAAUCUGAACGAUUUUUAUUGAACCAAAUGUUUGUUUUGUAAUUUAAAAUAUGAAUUAUUUUUUUAUAGUAUUUUAUGGAGAAUAAAAAGGAAAUGGAUUUGAAAGAUUUUAUGACAAAUAGUUGGAGUCGAGUAAAGCUAUUAAUUCUUGCAAAAUUGCGUGAUGUUAAAUAUCCAGCUAAAAUAAAUAUCUUAGAAGAAGGACUAAAUAAAUAUAAUAAUUAUAAUGUCAAUAAUGAAACAGGAAAACAUAAAUUAUUAAAAGAUAUUGAGAUGGCAAAAAUUAAUGACUUAUUAUAUACAGAAAAAACAAAAAUUCUAAUCAAUGGUAAUUUAUUACACCUACUUUUAAAAUCCUUAGAUUAAUGUUAAUACUGUUUCACAAUUUAAAAGAAAAAGUGUAUUAUUUAAAUGGCUGUAACUAAAGUAAAUAAAAGAAGUUUUGAGUUAUUUACUAGGGAACAUAGUUAACAACCCACUAUCUGAGGUAUAAGUCUAAGAAAAACAAGUUAUCUUAACUUAAGAAAUUUAAAUUUACUUAAAUGAAACGUAUUCAAAUUAUUUGAUAAAAAUGGUUGGCAAUACUUAUUUAGAUUAUUAUUUUUUUUUUUAUAUAAUAUAAUGCAGCAUUCAUUUUUACUAUCUCUAAGGGGUCCAACAGAGAAAAAGUUUGAAGAAGGCUGUUAUAAAGAAUACCUAACUGAAGUUUAUUAUUCGUAUUUAUUAUUUGUUUAUCAUUUAUGAAAAUAAUUUAUUGGUACAUAUAACUAAAUAAUAUUUGUAUAUGUGGCUAUGUAUGUAUAUACAUAUUUGUAUUUAUGGUCUGAUGGUUAAAAUAUGAAAUUAAUUUUAGAAUCAAAAAGAUGUCGUGAACAAUUUGAAGAAGUUGAUAGAAAAUAUAAAGAUAUUCUUAAAACAAUAACUGCUUUACACAUAUCUUCUAGUAAAGAUUUUGGACCUGAAAAUGAAUUUGCAGUUUUAGAUGGACAGUGCUAUGAAUUGACUGAUCGUGAAUAUAUAUUUAAAAUAUGUUUAUUUGAAAAAGUAAUAAGAAUUAUUUUUUAUUUUGACCUUCUACCACGCAUGUAAUUUCCAAAUUACAAGUCGCGUACAUGGAGAAAAAAUGUACCGGUAUAAUAUUUAUUGUGCAAAAUGUACACCUUUAUACAUUACUUUAUAUAUAUAUAUAUUUUACACUUUUGAAUCAAGUACCGAGGGCGGCACAGACGAUAGUCACUUCACCCUCCGGCUUACAUUGUUUAUUAAUGAUAAACUUGCACAAGUUGCAAUAAAUUAAUCAAAUAAAUUAUAUACCUACGAUAUUUAGAAAGCUAAAUAAAAGUACAGCAUUAAGCUAAUAAAGAUAAGAAUAAUAAUAUUAUUUACCUAUUAUGCAUGGUAGAAAAUUAAAAACAAAAUCUUCAAUAGCAAUAUUUUGAUCAAAAAUCAAAAUGUAUAAUUUGUUUUUAUAGGUAACACAAAGACCAUUAAACGGAGGCCCAGAAGUAAAUUUAGGUGUCUGGAAUAACUGGACCAACUCUGUCAAUGAUGAACCAAAAUACCACACAAUGUUAUAUGAUAAAGGACAAUAUUGUUUGAAUCGUUUUCAAAGGUUUACAUAUGUAAGUUUACUGGUACUUUCCACAUAAAUUAAAUUUGUUUUACUUACUAUAUUUGUUAUGUUGUUGAAAAGGAAAUAUUAUAAUAUUUAUGUUAUUUUGUAAAUAGGUACUCUUGACUUGUGGGUUAGAACCUAAACUUAUAUCGGUGAAAGAGCCUAAUAUCUGUGAAUAUUUAAUGGAAUUUGAAUUACCAUCAGUAUGUGUAUUAGAAGAUUCUAUAUAUACAAGAGAACCCGACCGAGAAGAAUUAUAAUCAGAUAUUGUUGUACAUAUUUACAUAUUUGCUUGAACUGUAACUAUUAUACUCAGUAUUCAUUCCUAACACAGUAUGUAAACAAAUAUGUAAUUAAGUAUUGUUUUCUCAAAAAAGAAUCCUAUAAGAACCUCCAGACUGAAAAUCAAAAUCUAGUCUCUUGAUUACCGUGGGAUUACUAUACCACCAAAUUAUUUGAUGGAUAUGCAUUUUUACUUAUUACUAAUUACCAAUUAAUUUGAUUGCUAACACGUGAUUAUAUAAUAUUAUAAUAAUUGUAAACAUGUUUACAUAAUUGUUUUGUAUUGUGCUAUAAAUGUCUGUACAAAAACUUUGUUAUUAAAUAUAGCAAG